CCUCUUGGGUUUGAGUAAUGGCGGGAAGGAGUGUAGAGAGAGAGAGAGCGUGGUACUAUUUCUAUCAGGUGUAGAGAGAGAAACUGAUUUGUGAGAUUUUUCUCUUGCAUAUUUUCAUUCCACUGCAGAAGGCUCAAUGGUCUGGGAGCUUUCGUCUAUGGGUUCCUCUCAAGGAAUGCCAAAACACUAUAUAUGCUCCAAAGGGAUAUACAAAGUGGGUCGAAAAGGCUGUGAUAUAAUUAUUCAAACAGACAGAACCAUUUCACGUGUUCAUGCUGAAAUUAUAGUUGAUUUAAUGAGUUCAUGGGAUCCUUCACAGAGCAAGUCCAGUAAUCUUCCUUCCAAUGUUAGUCUUCUAGACCUCUCAAAGUUCGGCACCUUUAUAAACAAGAAUACCGAGUCAAAGCCAGUUUUCUCAUUUCCAAAUAAGGUGACAACUUUGAGAAAUGGGGACCUCAUUACAUUUGGGACUGGUGAUGCAUCAUUCAGGUUUUCUUACAUACCACUCUUAAUUUAUAUUCACUUUGAGGAGUCAUUUAAAGACAAUAACGCCAUUGAAGACAUGAUCUCUAUGAUUGGUGCAUCAGCUACUCGGACAUGGACAGGGGGAUGCACACAUGCACUUGUUAAUGAACAUUCCUUGGUGACUGUCAACCUUCUUGAUGCUGUUGUGGCAAAGCAACCUGUCAUUCUCAGCAGUUGGGUUCAGGCUGUUGCAGAGAAAAAGGUUUCAAAUGAAAUUCCUAGCUGCUCUACUUGCAUUCCAACUUUGACGUUAGGAGAAGGAGAACAUUCGUCAUCAGUUAAAGUUGUGGAACCAACAGUUCGGGAAAGCUGUUUAGCGGGAUAUACUUUUGUAUUACGGUCUUCACAUAUGUAUACAUAUGGGGAAAGAUUGAGGCUGUUGCUAGAAGUGGUUGGUGCAAAGGUUCUCUCCCUUGAUUCAUUUCAUUUUAGUAAUCAGAUAUUGGAGGACGGUGCAAGCAAGCUCAUAGCACAUGUGAUCCCUUCAGGAUCAGAAAAUGAUAUUCACACUCUGCGCUCUCUCAAUUCAAUAUCCAGAGUCAAUGAGGUUAAGCUGGUUGCUUGUGUUUUAUCUGGACAUCUGGACCCAUCUAUUCUGGAGUUGCCUUCUUUACGUGUUUCAUCUUCUCACUCUACUGAUGAGACCAUUGUGGCCGACUCUGAUGUGGACACUGACACUGCCACUUCUGAUCGUGUUGCUGCUUUGGUCCAGUCUAAAAAAUCCACGAGCGACGAGGAGAGAGGGAGCUCUAAUGAUGGCCUUGCCAAAGUCACAGCAGAGGAGAGGACACUGCCUAGUGAAAUAGGGGAAGAUGGGGGUAUUAUUGUGAAGAGUGUGAAGGAUGAAUCCGAUGCCCCUUCCCUUCAUAAUUCAGACAUAAUAUACACUCAGGAUUUGAUUGUGAGAAAUGGCCUUGUGACUUCAAACAGGAAUAAAUCUAGCUCGGAGGCCAUCAAUUUUAAACGAUUUAGGAAGAGAGAGGUUCCAUCUGGGAAUAGCUUCCGAGAUUUAAUCCCAUUUUCGAAGUAUCCAUAUAAAGAAUCAGAUUAUGGGAGUGAGGUGGCAGACUUCCGUAGAGAAGAAAAGAAAAGGAAAGAAAUGGAAGCUGUUGCAGAUGAUCUGUUCAAUUCUGAGAAGGUCAAGAGGCAACGGGGAACCACGGCUUCAUCAUUAUUUGGUUCGAGAUCUCAAUAUUCAUCUCUUGGGAAGUAUCUGUAGCACUUUUUUACUCAAACAUCGAUGCCCUCCAUCUCUCACAUAAUAUGAUUGGCAUCUCUCUUUGCCGAUGUUUUGCUUUUUGUAUAUUGACUGUGCUUUCUCCCUUCUAUAUAUGGCUUAAUGCUUUAGUGGGGCUGACUUGGGUUAAUUUAUUGCCUAUGGUUGGUGAUUUUUUAACUGCAUUGUGAUGUAAAUAUAGUGUUUUAGUUUGAUUGGUGUGGAUGUAUCAGUGUCUUAUCAUAAAAGAGAAUCAGAAGAUACCAUGGUUGGUGAGGUAACUUA